GAAAUUUUUACGAUGCCACUGCCAGCUCACUUCUGUUGCCAUAAAGAUCAAGUGAGUUGCAUGUCACCACAGUAGUACCAACUGUAAGUAUGCUCUCACAGAAUGCAUAUGACUACUGCAAAAGUGUUUCUUUUUUCUUUUUAGAGAGAUCUGGAUACUUUUGACUUACCCUCGUACAUUGUGUACUUUGCAGAACUGCAGUUCGCUUGAUUUGGAAUUACUUUAUUGAAAAAAGUUUGCUGGAAGAUGAUACAAGUGCCAUUUAAAGGUUCAACUGUUCAAAAGCCACCAGCAAUAAGAAAUACAGAGGCUGUAGCAGAUUCAUCCCCCAUUACAGCAUGUGCCCUACAGAAGAGCCCGACGAAUCGCUCAACUCCCAUGAUUCAGCCAAUAGCAAAAUGGGCUGAGGUGGUAUCUGGUCCGUCUCUCGCUACACCGUAUGUGCUGAAACGCAGCCCGAGGAAUAGCUCAACUUCCAAAAUUCAACCAAUACCAAAACAGGCUGUGGUGGUACCACAUCCAUCCAUCUUUACAGUGUGUGUGUUGCUACACAGCUCAAGAAAUGGUGCUGUUCUCCCACAUUUAAACCAGUGACAGGGCAGGAUAAGAUGGUAUCAGUGCCUUCCCUUGCUACAGCACAUGUGCUACAAGACGGCUAUGGAAAGCAACCUGUGAUGCCAGGAAAAUCACAGAUAAACUGUAUCAUGUGCCAGAUGUCGAGCACCAUUGUGUUUGGAAGUUCCAUUGUUCUGUGUGCAAACGGUUUUGGAAGUUUGGAUGAAUCAAGUUUCUGAAAAUGACUGGAAAGAAACUUAAUUAUCAAAAACUAAGAUUUUAUUGCAGUUCAUGAUACUGUGAAAUAUUUUUAUAAUUGCAGUACAUUCAGCUAAAAGUUACAGUAAAAUUUUCU